CACUCUUAAUGUGAAAUCCUACUAUCCAUCAUCAAACAAAGUAGUAUGUUCAGAAAAAAAGCAUUUAAAUAAUACGUUAAAAUAAUGAUCAUUUUACAACCAUGUGUUUAACGUAAAAUACUACUUAUUGCGUUAAUUUUAUUCGUUUUUUCUUUUCUUUUUUUUCUUUUUUUUACAUCAAUCAUCCGAAUCCCGCCUCUCAAUUAUUGGCCAACAGAAUUCUGACAGUCUGUCAAACUGACCAAUCAGUGUGCACGCUUUAGCCGCGCCUAGCGUAGCAGGAAGUGAUUUUACAAUACGGGUAGUAAGGGGGGGAAAAACACAGAUCCGUAUUUACUCAUUAACAGGCGUCACAAUACGGGUGGGCUGUAUACCCCGGAAGUUCAAACAUAAUUCUCGCGGAAGUUGUUCCACAUGAACUCAAUGUGACUUUAUCGAAACAAUACUGAAAAACCUUGCGUUAAAAUGUUUCUCACCGCAGUUAACCUCGCCAAGAGCAAAUCUAAAACUGUGUUGGUACAGAUGAUGAGUGCUGCAGGGACAGGUUACUGUUUCAACACCAAGAGAGGACGACUCCGAGAAAAACUGGUGUUGCGCAAACACGACCCUAUAGUGAACCAGCACGUCUUGUUCAUCGAGAAGAAGAAGAUCCGCUCUCUUUAAACAUGGACCAAACACGAGAUUUCACUUGAAGAAUUUCAGGCUUGUGUAUUUAAGCAUGCACUGUUUCAAAUCGUAGCUAAGAAGCAGCUAUGAGUAAGAGCACUCAACUACACCGAGCUUAACCGAAAGAUCACGAUAAUAUGAAGCAUGAUGACAUGCCACAGUGCAUCCAGACGUCCUGAGAUCAUUCCACAACAUGACGGAUUGAGAAAUGCACUGAGAAGCAAUAGUGCAGUGACUAAUCAUUUAGAUACGUUUGCCAGUGUUGGAUAUCUUUUUCUGAAGAUAAAAUCUUAAUGGUGAAAUGGCUGAAUUACAACACAGAGUUGUAUUAAACAUUCAUUUUCGUUUUUUUGUUUAAAGACAUUAAAAACAAUAAAAUCACAUAAUACUG